AUGUCACGAGUAAUUUACAAUACUUCAAUAGCGAAUGACUCCUCUACAUCCUACCACCAAGACUAUGACCCUUUCCCCAACAAAGCCAGUCCGCCUCUAAUUUUCAAUAAAUAUGAAACAAUGUUCAAGGAAGCAUUAGACUAGUUCUAGUAGACUUCUAACUUGAGAUUUUCAAAUCAGCAGCGAUUAUCCUUUGAGCAAGGCAAUGGAGAAGCAGGUGAUCUUUUUAAAAAGUAAAAAAACCUCAACCUUCAAAAUAAGUCCUUUGACUUGCAAAUCACUAUAUUCAACUAAGACAUAGUGAAAGAGAACAAGAGGCAGAUGGAGAAGUACUUCAAGGAAUUCAGACAGUCAAUCAAUCUGAAUUAUGUGCCCACUCACUCCAAACCUAUUCAACAUCUGGACGAUAACAUCAUUGCUGUGAGUUACAAUCAGCCUGAUGCUAAUCAUCAAGAUUAAACUUUCUCAUUCAACAAUGAACAGAAAGCAAUGAGCAAAAAUCACUCUUUGAAGAGGCAAAUACCUGACUUAUUUCGAAUGAAGAGCUUUUACUCUUCUCGCUUGCCUAAUAUAACAAGCAUGUCCUAGAGUCCCGCGAGGAAAAUAAAGGAGAGAUUGGAUUACAUCAAGAUUAAGGAGCAGUUCAAGAAUGUUAGAAGAGGCCCAAGACUUUACAAAAGUUUUGUCAAAGAUACAACAAUCCAAGAUAAACUCAGAUAAGAUUACUUCAAGGAUGAUGUAAAUGUGAUAACAGAGUAUAUUUCCAGAAAUAUUCAACCAGACAUUAAAGCUUUAACCACUGCUUCAAAUGCAAGGAGAAAGUACACUAUCUAGGAAGAAUAGGAUGAAACUAAUAAGCACAGCAAUAAUGGCAAUGACAUUGAGAAUUUGAAUACGAUGAUUACAUCGGAUAGUAAUAAUCAGAAAUAAUUUCCAACAACUCAGAGAUUAGCCUUUACCUCCUAAAAUCCAAAAAGAAGCGAAAUGGUUGAUAAAAAAAGGUUGGCAAAGGAUAUAUCGAUGUCUUUAGACAUUUCUAAUACUUCAAAAGCAGGAGAUGCACAAACUAAAUCGCAGCAAAGUCCAAUAAUAAAGAAUGAUGGCAUUAUUGGCAAGAGAAACAACAUCAUGACUUAGAGAAAUUAAUAUAAUCCUGUUCAAUUUAAUAAUUCAGAUUCCAAUAGGAGGACAAUCAUUUAAACCAAUCAUCUGCAAUAGUCUCAAAAUAAUAAUCCCACUGUAAAUUCUAUAGCUUCUUUAAAUGCUAACUCUAACCACAACAACUCUCAUCAAAAUCAGAAAUAUAAUCAAAAGCAAUAACAGAAACACCACAUGACUAUAAGUGAGGCGAUACUAGAAUAUGAGAUGAAGCACAUGUCCCCAGAGAGACGUGAGCAUACAAUGAAAUUCAACAAGCUACUAAAUUUCUCACUGGAUGAUAAGAUAUGCAAUUUGAAUAAGAAACUGCACGGAAUCAAUAAUGAAAUCAAGAAAUUUCACCUGUCUUAGAGCAGGAAUACCUAUCUCUAGACAACUAAAGAUGGAAUUAAGACUAGUAAUUUAAUGGACAGAGUCCGAUAGAAAAGAAGAUAAGCCUAAUUGCAUUAAGAAUUUCAGCAUGUUCUUGUCCAUCACCAUCAGCAAAGCAAUUCAAACUAACAAGUAAAAUUUGAUUUAUCCCAUUGA